GGGGGCUGUGGAGGAGCUUGACGACGUGUGGAGGGAGUUGGGCGGUGAGGCAUGUCGUCGAUGUUGUACACGGGCUCUAUUGAGAACGGACAGAUGCAUGGAAAGGGUGCGCUGGUGUAUCCGAACAACGAGCGGUAUGAGGGCGACUGGGUGUUCGGCAAGCGGCACGGACAGGGGGCGUAUGUGUAUGCCGACGGGUCGCAGUACUCGGGCGAGUGGGUCGACGACAAGAUCCACGGAUCCGGGGCGUGUGUGUACGCGACGGGCAACAAGUACACUGGUGAAUGGGUGAACGGUCAGAUCCAGGGCUACGGCUUGCUCGAGUACGCCGACGGCGACUCGUACGAGGGUGAGUGGGUGGCUGGCAAGAUGGACGGGACCGGGCGGUACGUGUACAAGGAGGGCCAUGAGUAUGUGGGCGAAUGGCGCGAGGACGUGCGGCACGGCAAGGGUCGGGUGGUCUACGCUCCCGGACCGGGCGGCGCUGCAGAGUCGUACGAGGGCGACUGGGCCGACGGCAUGAUGCACGGAUGGGGCAAGUACGUGUACGCCGAUGGCGGCGUGUACGAGGGCAACUGGGUCUCGGGCAAGAUGCAUGGCAAGGGCACGUACAUCUUUGCCAACGGCAACCGCUAUGAUGGCGAGUUUGUCGAGGACCAGAAGGAUGGCUGGGGCGUCCUCACCUACGUCAACGGCGAGCGGUACGAGGGCUUCUGGGCCCACGACAAGGCCAACGGCAAGGGGACGCUCAUCUACAAGCCGGGCGACCGCUACGAGGGCGACUGGCUCGACGGCCGCAAACACGGCGCUGGCGUACUGUACUACGUCAACGGCGACACUUUUACCGGCGAGUGGGAAAACGACCACGCGUCGGGCCAGGGCACGCUCGCCUACGCAAACGGCUGCCAGUACGACGGCGAGUGGCUCAACGAUCGCCGCCAUGGCUACGGCGUCUUUACCACCCCUCAGGGUGGCCGCUACGAGGGCGAGUGGGCCGAGGGCCGCCGCAACGGUACAGGCACCAUCUUCUUCCCCGAUGGAUCGUCUUUCACUGGGCCCUUUACCGACGGCCUGCCCUCCGGCCCGGGCAACCUCGUCUUUGCGCCCGACUCGGUGUGGAACAACCCGGAGCUGUGA